CACCUUAUAUUUUGGUGUCCGGAAACCGCAUCGCGCGAAAACAGAAGCCAUGGGUGCUUCUGCUUAUAUGGGCGUGGCUCGGUAUAUUCAUCAAGAGUGCAUGCGCUCUGAAUUCUGGGAAAAGAUAGAAGAGCCUAGCCAGGACAUGUAUAAUGUGGCCUUCCAUGUCUUUGAUCGAUACGGAACACUCAAAACCAAAAGAGGAACUGGUGUGUGGGGAGACGAGCUCGAUUAUGGCCCUCUUUUCCUGAUUGAGUGUCAUGGUUCUAUUCCCUCCCUCAAUAUCAGAGCAUUGUCAACUGCUGAUGGAGCGAUAUCGUCGCCAACAAUCAGGAUCCCAAAUUGUUUUACAAUGCUGGGUUACUGUAAUAAUAGUCAAACAAAUAGUCAAGCCUUUUCAACCAGAGGACAAUAUUCAUACUUUGAGAGUGUUCGGCACGCAUCCGCGUGAGAGAUAUUUUUCGGGGGCCAGGGAUGGCCGUGUUUCGCCAUAUCAGGUGCUCCCUCACGUCCUUCUAUAUAUUUAGCUAGCAGCCUUAGUAGCAAUG